CGACUUGCUGCACCCCGUACCAUACUGUACGCAUCUUGCUGGCGCUUUGCAGCAACUGCUGAAGCACACGGACCAGUCCCAUGCCGACCACGCCCUCCUGCUGGACGCACAACGCGAGAUCCAUGAGCUGGCCGUCAAAAUCAACUGCACCAAGAUGGAGAGCCUGGAGGCGGAGCAGCAGCAGCAGGUGCUGCGCGACCUGGAGCAGCUCGUGGAGGGCUGCGACUUGGUCGCGCAGGGCCGCGCCUUCCUGCGCCACGACAUGGUGACGCUGGCGACGGGCCAGGGCGCGCGCAAGGACCGUGUCAUCUUCCUUUUCAGCGACCUGGUGGUCAUCGCGCGCACCAAGCGGAACCUGCGCAAGCCGUCCACGGCGGGCUCGAGUACCAGCGUGGCCAGCGGCCUGGAGGGCAACAGAUACCGCUGCAGCAUAAAGGCAGCUCUGGACGACCUCGAGAUCGUGAAAGCCAAGGACGAGAGCCUGCGCCGCGUCAUGCGCGAGAUGGAGCAGCUGUCCGAGGACGUGGCCGCGCUCACACAGAUCACGGAGCUGGUCUCGGGGCUGCACCUGCCACACGCACAACAGCCAGGGCAGCAACUGCAGCUGCAGCUGGAGGAGCUAGCCCGUGACCUGCUGACCUCAUCCUGCCGCCAGCUGGCUGAGCGGCAGAACUCGGACAGUCAGCUGUCCUGCCUCGACCUCACCGUCAACACCUCGAACGGCGUCGAGAACAUAACUGUGAUAUUCCCCAAGCCUGACAAGCGGUCCAGCUGGGAGGAAGAGUUCAACGAGGCCAAAACCCGUUUAGCGCUCUCUGCGGACAGGCGUCCCUCCCCCAAGUUUAAGACGUCUGUCCCCAUACGCAAAACGCGCGCCGGUCUGCAAUUCACCUGCGCAGCUCCGACCCUGCCCGGCCCAGCGAUGCCCCAGGGCGGCCAGCCUCCGCGAGAUGUCUGGGUGUGCAACUCGGACGGGUACGUCGGCCAGGUGUGCGUGCUGUCGCUCCUCCCCGAGCCAAACGUCACAUCCUGCAACGGCGUCUGCAACGCGCGCAUCCUUUGCGUAGCCGCCAUUCCAGCUGGAAUCACCGGGUCGUCCAGCACGAGCCACAACUCGAACCAGGGGCCGUUAACCAAUAGUAAGGCUGUCGUCAGUAUAUCCGUAGAAGACGCGGACAAGGCGAGUCGCAACCUCCAUCUCGACAGCAGUAGCUCUUCAAGCGACGAGGACGAGGAUAAUGACUCCGGAUCCACAGAGGAGCGGCAACGACGGCGCUCCAACACUGUGGACUCUCAGCCAGGGGCGCCUCCCCCAUCGGUAUGCUCAAACGGCAAUACGGACAACACGACCUCCGGCCCGGCUGCUGGACCGGGCGUCUCUUCGGGGGUGGUCCCGCCCCCGGGAGUGGAGGUGGCUGCGCCCGCCGGGACGGUGCCCUCCUCAACGGGUCCGGGAACGUUGGGGACAGGGGAUGACGGCAGCCUUGCGCAGCCCACCAUGUGGCUUGGCACAGAGGACGGCUGCAUCCAUGUCUACAGCUGCAACGACAAUAUCCGUAUCAAAAGGAACAAGGUCAAGAUCCAGCACGGUGCCGCAGUGCAGUGCAUCAUGU